AUGGCUUCACGACCACGGGGAACAAACUUUCGGGGCCGCGGUGGCUCUCGAGGCGGUAAAGGCGGCGAAUUUGGCUCCGGUGUAAGAGCGGGCGGUCGGUAUAAGAAGACGAAAACGAUCGAUGCGAAGUCACUACUAGCUACGGAUGGAACGUCGGUGGAGGAGAAGUUUGAGAAUACGAGGCUUGCCAAUGAAAUCGAUGAUAGGAUGGGAUUUGAGCGAUUCGAGUCUGGGUCUAGAAAGAUCGGAUGGUUGAUCAAUAUGCAUGCGACGACGAUUGAAGACGACCAAGUCAUAGGUGGGAAGGCAGGGAUGGAUUACUAUUUUCUAGACGAUUUCGGAGGCUCAUUCAAAGCUACUGUCAUGUACGAUCCAUAUUUCUUGAUCGCGACGAAGCUCGGCUUUGAAGGAGAAGUAGAAGAAUGGCUACGCCGAAAGUUCGAGGGUGUCAUCAAAAAGAUGUCUCGAUUAACGAAAGAGGAUCUGCAAAUGCCAAACCAUCUGCUAGGCUACCGGCGGACAUUCAUAAAGCUAGAAUUUGAUAACGUAUCGGAAUUGCUUUCCGUGCGGAAAGUUCUUAUGCCCAUAGCGGAGAAGAAUAAAAAAAAUAUUAAUGCUAUGGAUGCUUAUGCGGAGAUUGUCAGUGCAAAUUCUGGCUUCGAUUUCCUUGAUGACGGUACAGAUCGAAAAACGACUGCAACUAUAGACGCCAGUGAAUAUAUAAUCGACAUCCGAGAGUAUGAUGUUCCGUACCAUGUCCGUGUAGCUAUCGACCUUAAUAUCCGAGUCGGUCGCUGGUACAAUGUUGAAGCAAAGCACGGGGUAGUCUCACUCUCCCUUAUUGAGGACCGUUUAAAGCGUGCGGAGCCUGUGGUUAUGGCUUAUGACAUCGAAACUACUAAACUCCCCUUGAAAUUCCCUGAUGCAGUAAUUGACCAAAUUAUGAUGAUAUCAUACAUGAUUGAAGGUCAAGGGUUCCUCAUUACCAAUCGAGAAAUCGUCUCACAGGAUAUCGAGGAUUUUGAAUACACCCCUCGCCCAGAAUACGAGGGUCAAUUCAUCAUCUUCAACGAACCUGACGAGAAGGCUGUAAUUGAGCGCUUUUUUGAGCAUAUCAAGGAGGCAAAACCCACAGUAAUGGUGACAUAUAACGGAGACUUCUUCGAUUGGCCGUUUGUCGAGGCAAGAGCCAGUCUAUUAGGAAUUGAUAUGUACACUGAAAUUGGGUUCCGAAAGAAUAGUGAGGACGUGUACCAGAGCAAUUACUGUGCGCACAUGGAUGCGUUUUCAUGGGUAAAAAGAGAUUCAUAUCUACCACAAGGAAGUCAGGGCCUCAAAGCGGUUACGACUGCAAAGUUGGGAUAUGACCCAGACGAGUUAGAUCCAGAACUUAUGACGAGAUAUGCGAUAGAAAAACCGCAGACUUUAGCAGAGUACUCAGUUUCCGAUGCUGUGGCAACAUAUUACCUCUAUAUGAAAUAUGUGCACCCGUUCGUCUUCUCGCUAUGUACAAUUAUUCCAUUAGGUCCGGAUGAUGUGUUGAGAAAGGGUACGGGAACGUUAUGUGAGAUGUUAUUGAUGGUACAAGCAUACCUCAAGGAUAUUGUUCUGCCGAAUAAACAUAAACAAACAGAAGAGGCUUUCUAUGAGGGACAUUUACUAGAGUCAGAGACAUACGUGGGAGGGCACGUCGAGUCUAUUGAGUGUGGUAUAUUUCGUUCUGAUCUGCCAGUGAAUUUUGUGAUUGAUACGAAAGCGAUCGAUGAUUUAAUACGAGACCUGGAUGCCGCUCUAUCCUUUAGUAUUGUUGUAGAAGAGAAGAAAAAGGUGGAGGAUGUCACGAACUACGAGGAAAUAAAAGAACAGAUUAAAUCCAGACUCAUGAAGCUUAGAGAGGUCCCGAUAAGGAACGAACGGCCCUCGAUCUAUCAUUUAGACGUAGCCUCUAUGUACCCAAACAUCAUGACUACAAAUCGUCUUCAGCCUGACUCUAUGAUCCAAGAGUCCGACUGCGCAGCCUGCGAUUUCAACCGUCCUGGAAAAACUUGUGAUCGACGAUUACCCUGGGCCUGGCGUGGCGAAUACCUUCCUGCAAAACGCGACGAAUAUAACAUGAUUAAGCGUGCGCUCGAGAAUGAGCGUUUCCCGCCAAGGUAUCCAAACCAGCCGGCAAGAACCUGGGAUGACCUUUCGAGUGAGGACCAGUCGAAUGCUAUAAAGAAGCGAUUGCAAGAAUAUUCAAAGAAAAUCUACCAUAAGAUUCAUGAGAACAAGACAAUUGAAAAGGAAGCCAUUAUCUGCCAACGCGAGAAUCCUUUCUAUGUGGACACGGUAAAGGAUUUUCGUGAUCGUCGGUAUGACUUCAAAGGGCAGCAGAAGGUCUGGAAGCGCAAGACAGAUGAUCUUGCAUCUUCCGGUGCAACAGCUGGAGAAAUCGACGAAGCCAAGAAAAUGGUGAUUCUAUUUGACUCACUUCAGCUUGCACAUAAAGUCAUUCUCAACUCUUUCUAUGGUUAUGUUAUGAGAAAGGGAUCUCGAUGGUAUUCGAUGGAAAUGGCCGGUGUAACUUGUCUUACUGGUGCACACAUCAUCCAGAUGGCUAAGGAGUUGGUUGAACGAAUAGGGAGACCAUUGGAAUUGGAUACCGAUGGUAUUUGGUGUAUCCUCCCAGCCACAUUUCCAGAGAACUUUGCGUUCACUUUGAAGGGUGGAAAGAAACUUCCGAUUUCUUAUCCUUGUGUCAUGUUGAAUCAUCUUGUCCAUGCGAAAUUUACGAAUCAUCAGUACCAGGAGCUUAAGGAUCCGAAAACAUUCAGAUACGAGACACAUAGCGAAAACAGUAUUUUCUUCGAAGUAGAUGGUCCGUACAGAGCUAUGAUCUUGCCCACAUCAAAGGAAGAAGACAAAAAUUUGAAGAAACGUUACGCCGUUUUCAACCAUGACGGGAGCUUAGCAGAAUUGAAGGGAUUUGAAGUCAAACGCCGUGGUGAAUUAAAGCUUAUCAAGAUUUUUCAGUCUCAGAUCUUCAAGUUCUUUCUGGAGGGUACCACCCUAACAGAGUGUUAUGAAGCGGUUGCAAAGACUGCCAACAGGUGGCUAGACGUGCUUCAUCAACGCGGUUCUACCUUAGCCGACGAAGAGCUUAUCGACUUGAUUUGCGAGAACAGGAGCAUGUCAAAGACUCUUGCAGAGUACGGCUCCCAGAAAUCAACGUCUAUUACCACGGCAAAAAGGCUGGCUGAGUUCUUGGGGGAGCAGAUGGUGAAAGAUAAGGGGUUAAAUUGCAAAUAUAUUAUUUGUUCAAAACCCAGGGAUGCUCCAAAACUCAUUACCAUCCCAGCCGCGCUCCAAAAAGUGCGGAACCCAGUACCGAGGGUUGCUCAUCCUGAGUGGCUACAAAGGCGGAUUAACAUCAAAGACGACAAAUUCAAACAAAAGAAAAUGACAGAUAUGUUUGGAAAAAGAAUUGCUCCAGUGAACGAGGUUGCGAGCAGUUUACAAGCUACCAGCCUAGGCGACAUGGAAGACUUUGGCAACGCAUCUGUAGCAAAGCCAAUGUUGGUCGGGACUGCUAUAAGACUUCAAAAGAGGAAAGCUCCAGAGAGCGUUGUGCCGAACGAUCCAUUUGCUAGUCUGCCUGAAAUCAUGCCUUUAAUGACCGAAGAUUAUCGAGGAUGGCUGCAGUACCAGAAGAAGAAGUGGAAACUGCAGAGGCAUGCCAGGAUGAGACGGAAACAACUGUUUGGUGAUAGGAGCGGCCCGCAGAGCGAUAAAUUAGGGACCUUCUUCAGAAAUCAGACAGAGUCAAUGCUUUCGGGCACUUGGGAGAUUCUACAGCUCAGGGCCACUGAUAUGCCUGGUGAAAUUCGAGCUUUUAUCUUGGUCGAUAAAAAGGUUGUUACUUUAAAGAUCAAGGUGCCGCGCCAAGUAUUCAUCAAUUUCAGAAACGAUGAUCUUCCCCGGGUUGUUGUGAAUGGAUGCACAAUUGAAAAAACGAAUCACAUUCUUCCCAAUGGACAUCCAUCGACCAACCUUUCUAAGCUCACGGUUCCUGAAGACACAUUCAUCCAAGAAGCCAAAGCAUUCUCUAUCAUCUUCAACCACCCUAGUGUGGAAGGUGUGUAUGAAACACAAGUACCACUAGAGACUCGAGCUCUGUUGGAGUUGGGUAACAAUUGUACCUUUGAUGAUACUCAGAUAGGUGUUCUUGGGAAAGGUCUUGAACACGGAUUUGAAUUAUCGACACUCAAGGCAAAGGUUGGCACUAAACCUUACCUCCAUGAGAGCCCGCUAGAAUUUGGUUUCCUAUAUCACGUAAUUGCUGGGGACCGACAAAUCUUUGGACUUUUCUCGACUGCAAAAGACGAAGCCCAUGUACUCGUUUAUAAUACCACCCGAGACGCACAAAAUCUGCCGAAUAUGGAAAAAAUAUACGCUGAACAAUUCUCCCGGAGAUACAAAGAACAGAAUGGCCAUUGGCAAACUUCAUUUGAUUACCCUGAGACGCUACGCUUCGAUAUAUCGUACGUCAACACGAAAAAGAAACUACAGAAGGGGUUGAGUGAUCUCGUUAAGAAAGUUCGCUCCGAAGAGUCGAAACCGACAGUCUUAGUCAUUCAAUCUUCGCAGAGACGAACCUUAGUGGAAAGUGUACCUGCUUUAAAUGAUUUUCCGAUUUUAUCACUACGCUCAGAUGCUUCUGACAGCAAUCUUCCGCCCUUGGGCUGGCAAACUUUUGUGGCAAAGCGUAUCGUUACUCGUUACCUAGCCCUGGGAUCCUGGAUCUCUGAUUACAUGGAAUUGGCGCGUUAUGGUGAUGUUCCAAUCUGUAAUCUCGAGAAAGAUGACCCUAGCUAUUUAAUUGAUGUUGCCUAUGCUCGGCGAUUACAAAAGAAUAAUGUUGUGCUUUGGUGGUCUCCUUCACCAAAACCAGAUCACGGUGGGUAUGAGAAGGAUGAUAUUGUUGGAGCCUUCGAAACGGUGGAAAUGCCCGCUAUCAACAAUCCAGGCUCUUAUUCCUCAGUCUGCAUCGAAAUCGACGUUCGGAACCUCGCCAUCAACACCAUCCUUACCUCCUCCUUGAUCAAUGAACUUGAAGGGAGUGACUCUGUGUCCUUGAACCCAGCAGCACCCACCGAUGAAAAUCCAAGUGACGGAACUAAUGUAAUAUUUGCCGAUAAUGCAUUUGCGACAGCCGGCGUCACUGUACUACGUGAGAUGGUGAAAGCAUGGUGGGCGGAAGCUUGCAAAGGGAACCACACAGCGGACGUCAUGGUUCAGCAUCUGGUGCGAUGGGUCGAGAAUCCAGGUUCUUUUCUAUACGAUCGAGCCCUACAUUACUAUGUUCAAACAAUGUCGAAAAAGGCGCUCUUGCAAUUAAUGACAGAUUUUCGCCGGGUUGGAUCGAACGUUGUUUUUGCAAACGCGAACAAGCUUCUGGUCCAGACAACAAAAGCUGAUGUAGGCAACGCAUUCGCCUAUAGUGAGUACAUCAUAAAAUCUAUCCGGGCGAAGCCGCUAUUCCAUUUCCUAGAUCUUGAAAUCAAGGAGUACUGGGACUACCUCGUAUGGUAUGACGAGGUAAACCAUGGCGGUAAAGCCUGUCAAAAUAUCGAGGAGGAUAAAAUUGAACAACCACUCAACACGAUAAUGCAUUGGCAAUUUGCAAAGUUUUUACCCGAGGCCCUUCAGAAUGUUUUCAACGAGUGGGUAGUUGAGUUUGUUGAGAUCAUGUACAAGCAGAAGCACCCAGAACCUUCAGGAUCCGAUCCGUCAACCCCUAGACCUACACAAAUCUACUUCAAAGUUUCAGAGGACGAGAAUAGUGACAAGAUUGUUCUUGGAAAGGAGUUCUCAAAACCAUUGCGGAAACAAAUUGGUCAAUUGAUUCGCCGACUUCAAGAAUCGAUGCUCCAUUCAGAACCUGACGUCGACUUUGAAUUUCCUUCUUUGCCUGGCGCAUACAAGCCGCUCAAGAACCCAGUUCUGCAAUUGGUCCGGUGUCUAACAGCGGUUUUUGGCCUAGCAAAGGAAAUAAAUCUCGAAGCACGCAUGCUAAGGAAAGAGCUCCUCGGCAUGUUCGACGUCAAAGAAUUUAGCAAGGAGGGUAUCUUUGAGAAUCCUAGCGAGUCAUUAAAGUUUUCUCAAGUUGUUUGUUCCAGUUGUACGAUGACCCGAGAUAUGGAUCUCUGCAAGGACGAGGACUUGAUACCAGAUAUGGUAGGUGAAGGAGCACAUGCCCGAGAGAAAGCGUGGAAAUGCCUCUUUUGCGGGACAGAAUUUGAUAGACUGGCAUUCGAGGAAAAGAUGAUUGGACAGUUGCAGCAAAUGAUUACGGCUUACAAUGCCCAGGAUCUCAAGUGUGGCAAAUGCAAGCAGCUCAAAGCAAACGACUUUCAAGAGCACUGUGCUUGUUCAGGGGCGUGGGUUUUGACGAUGGAAAGGGAGCCGUUGGUGAAACGUUUGAACGUGUACAAGAGUGUUGCAGAUUUCUAUUCUUUCAGAAUGUUGUUGGACGUUGUCGAUGAGAUAAUCGCUGGCAUAUGA